AUGGGCAUCAAACAGUUCAACGACGACGCCAAAGCUGCCAUAGAAGCAGCCAACCGCGGCGAGCUUCCUAUUCCUAAUGUCUCUAAUCUCCGCAAGGGGGAUUCUGACGGAGAGAUCGCCUUUACCUACACCUACGCCUCCACCCACACCUACACUCAUGCAGAAUCACCCCUCGAGAUCCAAGCCCUGUCAACAGAACCAGAAGCAUACCCCAGACAUUCAAGCUUCCUGAUCUUCACCCCGUCCGAAGAACCUGUCGUCGGCCUGGAAAAGUGGUUGCAGGAAAUAUCUGAUCUAGCCAACGGCAAGAGUGUCACAGGUGUCAUCGCCUUGAUCUCGGAUAGAUUGACAAAAAAGCUAGAGUCUUCAUCUCAGCUUGACGGCUAUAUCUCACAUGAAGACUCCACCACUUCCGAUAUCGACGACGACGAGGAAUCCUUCUAUGAAACCGAGUUUGAUGAUAUGGAUAUUGAUCCUGUUCCGGCGAGGGAACCAUCGUUGUGCAAUGAGGACCCCUCUGUUGCUGUUGCUGCUGCUAUCACAGGACGAUUAAAACGCCACCUACGAGAAGCAAGAAGCGAAGGAUAUCAUCUAUGGAUUCCAGUCGAGGAUAGAGAACACGGAGGCCUCCACAAGUUCUCACUUUCUAUACAUGCCUCGAAGCUGAAGAUCCCUGAAGAAGCUUUGGAAGCGUGGGGGCUCAAUCCAUCGGACUACGUUGUCAUGAUGUUCAAACUAACAUCGGAAUACCCCCUACUCUCAACGUUCUUAGAACCCUCCGACCGCAGCAUUAUACAGUUCAGUUUUGGUAAAUGUACCAGCCCGAACCCGUCCUCCAUAUCUGCUACACGAUUAUUCGAAGGCGACGACCAGGAAAGUGCAGACGAACAGAUCAAAAGCAGGGAUGAAUCUUCAAGUCCAUUCCUCCCUCUUUGCAUGUCUUUAUCCUUCGAUACCCUUCUAAACAAGGAGUUUCCAAAGCUCCUGCGCCUGCGACUAUCAGAGGGGAUUUCAUGGGACCAAGCGCAAGAACUGUAUGCUGAAUUGAGCACGGGCACCUAUGAUAUGAAUGCCGUCAAGAAUCAUGACGAGAGCUCCGACCAGUUUGACCUAGAACUUUUAGAACGGAAUUAUCUAUCAAGAGAUGCAGACGCUCUCAACAUCAUCUUGAUAGCAAUGCAAUUCAGUCUUCAGAGACUAGUCAAUUGCCCGAAAUACUGCCUUGUUUGUCAUCGAAGAACAGGGAAUUCAAUCGAGGCUAUCAAGCCUUUUGUUUGCGAAAGCCAGCUUUGCCUUUUUCAAUACCUGUCACUCGGAUUUUGCCAAAGUAUCGAGCACGAAAUCGUCAACAACCCCAACGUCGUCGACCUUCUUGUCAGUUUCUUCUACGCCGCCAUAACCAGUAACCGACUUCGCGAAUUUCCCAUGGGCCUUGGACUUAAAUGUGCCGCAUCAGCAUUCGCACCCGCACCAAGUGAAAUCGAACCACUCUCGGCAGAAGUAUGCUUCGAGAGCAAGACUAUUAGGUGCGAUAGCCUCGACUACCCGAAAUACAGGUCCAUCGCCAAGGGACAGUUCAUCACUCUUUUCCCAUCAAGUCAGAUCUUAUCCGUACAGGCAUCAACCAUGCCAAUCAUGCGAGGAUCUUGCCGAAAGCAUAUCUGCGUGAUCGAAUCUUGCAAAGCUACCGAUUUGACCUUCGAGAUCAUUUCGACACACACAGCCCCCAACGUUCAAGAUGACUGGAAAAACCCUACUUCUCAAGCAGCCUCUCAAACAGGCUAUGCAGAUCCAACCUGGGAGAAAGCGCUUGUGUAUAAACAUGAACAAGAUAUUGACGACCUCGAAGUGACGGAGCGUUACCAAGCACUUACUGUCAUGUGCGAGUGUAUUCCACCUGUGCAAGAAAUGAAAGAAUAUUUGACAAGCCAUCCGGGACACCAGUUGUCGUCAUGGCAGCGAAUGGACACAUCGACUGUUAGCCUUCUAAACUGGAUUGUCGCCUCGAACAGAUCUUUCAUUGUGCAGGACGCACCCAUACCUGGGGUAUCCCAGCCAGGGGAAGAGCCGUUCAAGCACGAUGACCUUGUUGAUGGCAUGGCGGAUGGAUGGGUGCAAUUCCGUUUUGUGCAAGGGUCGCCCGAGAAAGAACAGAUGUUUCUGAGAGAGCUGAUUCAAAGAGUUAAUAACGGAAAGCCAUACCCUACCCUUUUUGCCUGGCAUGGUAGCAGUCUCGGGAAUUGGCACAGUAUCAUUCGAACUGGGCUUGACUUCUCCGAAACCGUCAAUGGACGUGCUUACGGUAACGGCGUCUACUUCGCAAAGGAUUUUGAUACCAGCUUCUCAUACUCAAGGCAUGAUGGGAGACUGUGGCGAAACUCGGCUCUUGAAAUUACCAGUGCUAUAACCCUAUGUGAGAUAGUCAACGACACCGGUCGCUUUGUAUCGACAUCCCCCUACUUCGUUGUCGAUCGUGUCGACUGGAUACAGUGCCGAUAUCUCUUCAUUCGAGUUGACACAACGCCGCCGUCAAACCCCCAAACUGCGAAUGCGACACCUCAAAGUAUACAACCAACAGUCUAUAUCGAACAAGACCCUACUCACUCACUGAGAUGCGGGUUGCAGUCGGUUUCGAUCCCUCAAUCCGCCUUGUCGACGUCUCGACGUAUGCUUAGGCACAAUACAGCAGAGGCUGUAGGUUCUUCACAAGAUUACACUACUACAGUCGAAGAGUCUGAUCAUAGAGCUGAAAUUAACAGCUAUCUGGAUGAGCUUCUUGCCUCAGAUGAUGAAGGUGAUACACAACCAACAUCGGGGCGAAAGCGAAGGCGGACGUCCGUUGACUCAGGGCUCGGCGAGGCGCGGCUGCUGGCUACCCAGAACCAGUUCCCAUGGCAAUCCAACAAUGUCACACUUUUCCAGCCAGGCCAGCUUGAUCUAGACUCUCUGCCCAAACUCGCAGAGCCUACCUGGGCCGCAUCCUCUCCAGUGGCUCUCCGAGCCCUGAGCAGUCAGAUCAAAGAUCUGCAAAAGAUACAGUCAAAUACCAACUUAGUUACACUGGGGUGGUAUAUCGAUUUCGAAAGGCUUGAUAACCUAUUCCAUUGGAUUGUUGAGCUCCACAGUUUCGAUAUGGAUCUUGCCCUAGCCCAAGACAUGGUACGCUGCGGAUGCUCGAGCAUUGUGAUUGAGGUCCGGUUCGGUGCAUCAUUUCCCAUCUCUCCCCCAUUUGUGCGUGUAAUUCGCCCGCGGUUUGUACCCUUUGCCCAGGGGGGUGGGGGUCAUGUCACGAUGGGGGGAUCGAUCUGUUCAGAGCUUUUGACAAACUCGGGAUGGUCCCCAGCACUGUCACUGGAGAAGGUGUUCCUUGAAGUUCGAAUGAACCUGUGCGAGAAGGAUCCGCCCGCUCGCCUCGAGCAGUCCGACAGGGCAAUGAAUGCCCAGGAUUAUAAUGUGUUUGAAGCUAUAGAUGCGUACCAUCGCGCUGCCACUGCUCACGGCUGGCAGGUUCCCUCCGAUCUUGAAAUGCUGAAGUCCAUGAUGGCUAGUGAGAGGUAA